UGAGAGUAGAAGAAGAUAACUAGAAAGGGCCAAAGGGGGAAAUAUGUAUGCAAAGGCUUGCAAAAGGUUGUGGCAGUUGCCAGGGUGAAAACUAGAGACACGCGUGACUCUCUCUUUGCUGAUUACUCCCCUUUCUGGCUGCAAACUACUCGCUGGCACAGAGCUGAGAAAGCAAAGAGCAGAGGCUGAAGCCCCCAGUUCCUGGGACCCUCGUUGGGUGCAAUAGCAGAGCCUUAUCAAAGGUAGUAAAAGUGCAGGAGAAAGAGAAAGAGAGAUAUGGUUGAUAACAAAGAAAAGGGCAAAUAUAUGGGGUUGGAGAAGGAUAACAAUCUGACACAAGUUGACGAAGAGGGGGAGGAAGAACCAAACCCCACCCAGGUUCAAAAUGUGGAUUUGAAGAAGGAGAAAAGCAUUGAUGGUAAGGGUCUUGGUGAAUUCCCUAUUGAAAACCAAGGUCCGGUUGAUUCUGCAACCUCCACUCUUGAAACCGCUAAUGAUGCUAAUAUCACUGCCAAUGAACUAAAACAUGGCAACCCUGGAACUGAUAUUGGUGAUAUAGUACCAUCAAAUCGGCUGGAAGCCGAUUCACCCUCUAAGAGGUCUGUGGAGAUAACACCUGAAGUUGGUAAGAAAGAUGAUGACAUUGAAGAAACUGAUGGUAGUGAUUUAAAUCCUGCCAAUAAGCUACCACCUGAAGUGCCCCGCGAGAGGUCUAUGGACAAAUAUGAUGAGAAAAAGCAUGAAUUGAAUGUUGGGAUGGGCAACAUGGAGUUGUCUCCAAAUAGAGAGAUUAAGGAGCAAGUAUCAAAACUGAAGUUGGAUGUAGGACAUGGGGUUGGUAUGAAGAGCUCAGAGCAGUCAUUUCUUUUAAUGCCGGAUGGGGACCAUGGGGUUGAGGGUUACGAAUCUGGAACGGAGGACGAGCAAGCAGCAUUCAUGACGGAGGUAGAAAAUUUCUACAAAGAGAGGAGCUUGGAAUUUAAGUCUCCAAAGUUCUACCAAAAGGAAUUGAAUUUGCUCAAGUUAUGGAGAGCUGUAAUCAAACUUGGUGGCUAUGAACAGGUGACAUCUUGCAAGUUGUGGCGGCAAGUGGGACAAUCAUUCAAUCCACCGAAGACCUGCACUACUGUCUCUUGGACUUUCCGAAUUUUUUAUGAGAAGGCACUGCUUGAAUAUGAAAAGCAUAGAAUGGGUGCUGGUGAGCUGACGGAGCCUACUAGAGUAAAUAAUCAGGUUGGUGGUAGUCAAGCUUUAGGAUCGGGUAGGACACUGAGGGAUGCUGCAGCUCGUGCAAUGCAGGGUUGGCACUCUCGGCGUCUUUUUGGUCAUGGAGAAAUUGGUGACCUAAUUGUUAAGGGGAAGAACUCGGGUUCUAUGCCAAAGGUUGACAAACAGCUUAAAAAUAUUGGUUUACUAAAGCGGAAGCAACGGUCUACUGUUGAGCGUAAUGUCCAAGUUGCUCACAUUAAAGUGACAAAGCCACAGUUGGAAACAAUGGUAGUUGAUGUUGGGCCCCCAGCUGAUUGGGUGAAGAUCAAUGUUCAAAAAUUUGAUGACUGCUUUGAGGUGUAUGCCUUAGUUCCCGGGCUUCUGCGUGAGGAGGUUCAUGUUCAGUCUGAUCCAGCUGGAUGCUUGGUUAUAUCUGGUCAACCAGCGGAACUAGAUAAUCCUUGGGGUGUCACACCUUUUAAAAAGCUUGUCAGCUUGCCUUCCAGAAUUGAUCCGCAUCAAACUUCUGCUGUCGUGACCCUGCAUGGCCAGUUGUUUGUGCGUGUCCCGUUUGAGCAGUCAGAUUCAUAGAAUGUGGAGAUGAUGGUUCCCUUGCCCAAACGUGGAGAUAGCUGCUUCAGUUUGUAUCUAGAAGAUGAAUUAACCUUAUACAGAUGAUGAGAAGUUGAACUUUGCCGUGUAAGUUUUAUUUGUUUAUUUUAUGCUUACAGGUGAAGCUCAAGCCUACUUGAAUGCAUCUGCAUUUACAAACUACUGUACUGUGAUUAAUUAUCAUAAGCUGUUAUAGUUAAAUUGUGAUAGGACCUUAUAUUUAUGGCAUUGUACAUUACUGACUCCUUUUAGGAAGAUAUGAUCUUUACCUCUUGGCUUCAA